AACUCCCUUUUUCACUCAGGUAUUUAGGGUCAUGGACAGUUCCCAAUAAUUUUCAUGACUUUUUCUUUUUUUUUUUUAGCCAGUUAUCAUCCCGGUCAUGAGAAACAGCUGCUGUUGCCCAUUUUAACGGUCAAGGCCUCAGCACAGCUGGAGAUCAGGUUGCAAUGAGCGCAGUGACCAGAUCACAGACAAUCCCCGCACCCAAUUACAGACACACGCACGCCCCUGGGUGCUUUCAUCUUUGUCAUCAGCUUUGGACAAAAUCGGCUCAGAGGCAACUUGGAGGCUCUUAAGCCUCGGAUGGAAGAGACAGGGAGGAACAAAGCCGGCCAGAAAAUAGAUGGUAGAGGUCUCAGCGCCCCUGCCCUGGGGACCUGCCACUGCACAGGCCAAUGGCAUGGCAGCAGCUUCCUCCUGCCAAGGAGAUUUCCAAUGACAUUGCCUCCUUUAUAAUUCAUGUGCGAGCCUAGAAGAGAAAUUAAGGGACUCCGGUUCUGAGCUGCUGCUGGAUAUUUUGCAGAAGACCGUGAAACAUCCUCUGUGCGUGAAGCAUCCGCCGUCUGUGAAGUAUGCCCGGUGCUUUCUCUCGGAGCUCAUCAGAAAGCUGGAUUAUCUCUCUACCUGUCUCCAUCCAGCCUUCCGGGGACUCGGUCACACUCUCUGAGAGCUCAGCCAUCAUUUCCCAUGGCACCACCGGCCUGGUCACGUGGAAUGCUGCACUCUACCUUGCAGAAUGGGCCAUAGAGAACCCAGCGGCUUUCACUCACAGGACUGUCUUAGAGCUCGGCAGUGGAGCCGGCCUCACAGGCCUGGCCAUUUGCAAGAUGUGCCAUCCUAGAGCAUAUGUCUUCAGUGACUGUCACGGCCUUGUCCUCGAGCAGCUCCGAGGGAACAUCCUUCUCAAUGGCCUCCUGUUAGAGUCAGAUGCCACCGCCCCUGCGCAGCACCCAGGACACAACACCCACAACACAGAGAGCCCCAGGGUGACGGUGGCACAGCUGGACUGGGACAUCGUGACGGCCCCUCAGCUCGCUGCCUUCCAGCCAGACGUCAUCAUCGCAGCAGAUGUGCUGUACUGCCCAGAAACUGUCCUCUCGCUGGUCAGGGUCCUGCAGACACUCUCUGCUUGCCAGAAGGACCGGCAGGCUCCUGACGCCUACAUUGCCUUCACCAUCCGCAACCCAGAGACAUGCCGGCUGUUCACCACUGAGCUAGGGAAGGCUGGGAUCUCAUGGGAAGCAGUGCCUCGCCACAACCAGAAGCUAUUUCCCUACGAAGAGCACUCGGAGAUGGAAAUUCUGAAACUAAUGCUGUAGGUUUGCAGAUGUUUGGGGAAAUUACCACGAAAAUUAAAUCACUUGGGAAGGAAUUUUUAUGUUGGAAAGCUGAUAAAACUUUCACUGGACUUAAA